AUGCGUUUCGUGAUCACGGGUUACUGUGACUCUCGAAGCGAUCUCGACAAGCUGGAGUACGUUGCUGAAAGCCGCACCGCUUGGAAUGAUGACUCGCCGAUCUACCGCGACACUUCGCUCGGUGCGUCGUACGUCGGAUACGACACUGAAGAGCUCGCCUGGGUCGUGACAAAAUGGUCUGAUGCUUGGGCCGUGACGAAACGGUCUGAUGUUUAUGCGCGCUUCAACUCUGACGACGCCUCCUCGCCGCCGCUGGGCACGGCCGCUUGGGAGGUUGACUGUGGUGGCCUGUCUUACACGGAACACAACCUGACGCUGGCACCCUCUCAGCCACCUCCUCCGCCAACUCCGCCGCUGCCACCAGAGGUCAAGGCGGUGCUGUCCAUGUGCGUUGUGGCAACUCGUCGCUACCUCCCCGAUGCCGACUCGCUCCUACAGCAGUUGAUUGGUCCGUGGUGGUCCCUCUAUGGCUUUGUCCGUCCCCAACUGUCGGUAGCAUCUGCCGAUGGUUGCGAUUUGCCUAACUUUGAUAGCAUUAAUCAGAGCAAAAGAAUCUGCUCCAAGCCCGACUCAUUGACCGAGCCAUGCGAAUCCGGCGCCUUGCUACGAAUUCUCCCAAAGACGUCUAAGGCUACAUCUCAAGUUGUAGUCGGAACGAGCGGCAGCAGUAGUCUUGUCGGCAGCGAAGGUGAAGCGGGACGGACCGCAGCAUAUUCUGUCACGGUCCUCGACUUUGUCGAUCUUGCAAAAGGCUCUCAGUCUUGGCUCAGUCGCUUCUGUGGCAACUUUAUGUCCGUGGUGUGCUCAAACGCGACUGCUGCGGAUGAUCAGAUCCAGUGUGGAAAUUUUGCGCGAGCCAUUUGCUACCCGUCAGAAGGACUAGCCGGGGGGUACCUCGACAUCUCUGUAUUCAAUGCAGCCAGCGAAGAGAGGCAAGAGACGAGCAUGGCGGCGCUGCGAGUGCUGGAUCCCGAGUGGAGCGUGGAUUCACCUCCGUGGAGCAGCAUCGACGUCAUCUGGAUGCUUCUCUGGCUGCUGCCGGUCUUUGUGCCUGCACUCCUUUUGCCCGCCGGUGCCGUUGCGAGGAGCAGGGCUUUUAGACGGGCAAAGCCACUGCUAGAGUUGGAGGGCGCCUUGAGCGAGAUUGAGGUGGAGCAAAAGCAGAGCCGAUUUGACGAGCCGGCGGUUCGCAAGGCCGUUCGCCAGGCAAGAUGGCUCGCUUUCACGCUUCUGCUUCUGGCCCUUGCUCUCGUCCCUUGGCUCACUGCCGUUGCUGCCCUUGCCGCCGUGCUGCCGCUUGCUCGCAAGACGAGCUGCGAGGUCUGGAUCACCUCGAGAGCCUCGCGGCGGUACUGGCUAUCUGUCGCGAGUGUGAGCGGCUUGAUCUACGGCGCAUGGCUCAUCGCGAGCUGGAGCCUGAUUGGUACAGGCGAGUACGAAUACCUGUGGAGGAUAGGAUCGCUCUCCGAGGAUAGGGUCUUCGUCAGCACAUGCCGCCAGCUCCUGCACAGUUCCCCAGAUGACACAGUCGACUCCACCGGCGGCUACUUCUUGUACGAGUACCGUGGCAAAGUCUGCAGCGUCCUCGCCCACAUGCUUACGCCGCGAAACAUACCGUUCAUCGCAUGGACGCUGCUUGCGCAGGGGUGCGUCAGCCUGCUCGUCGCUGGCCUCUCCCUCUUGCUACUGCUCAAGUCUGCAGGGCCAAAGGCCAUCCCUGGUGGCCGCCGCCUUGCGUCGUCCGGGUGGUGCGGCGCGGCGAACGUGGACGGCCUGCUCACGCUUGCCACAGAGCGAACUGCCGACCGCUUCGCCGGCUCCGCCAAGGAGCUCGUUACCGGACAACCCGAGGCGGGCUACGAGGCAGCUACGGGGCUUUACGGGAUCAUCGGCUACUCGGAGCACUUCCUACACGAUCGGAUGCGAGAGGGCACCGCCGCGAUCGUCCAGGAGGCCGAGGCGCUCGGGGACCCGGUGGUGCUCGAGAACCUGCGCUACAUCCUCCACGCGCCGGCCGGGUCGAGCGACCUCUCUUUCCAGCACGGAUGGCUACGCGACCGCGCCCCGGAUGAUACGAGUUGA